AUUAAUCUGCGAUAUGAAACACUCAAGUCAAUAAAAGUAAGAAUCCGUGUCGUUGGCUUCACGUUUAAUUCCCACGCUAGCCAUGAGCCAUACAUCGUGCAUUUCCCGGGCAGCGAACGAGGCGACAUGGGGACAACACUGAGCAGCUUUGGGAAUCAUUACAGAACCAAGCAGGCUCGUUGUUCAAGCAAGUCGAUAUGAUCGCAUUGAUCACAGGGAGAGACUUGUGUACCGAAAAGAACAAGAGGAUAUCAUGCAGCACAUCUGGUAUGGCCUACGCUGGCGGGGCAUGCGGGUUCCUCAAGUUAUCUAUAGGUGAAGACAGACCGUGGUCUUUUAACGUCGUUCGCACAAUGGCGCACGAAUUCGCCCACAACUUAGGCUGUGUCCAUGACGGAGAACCACCAAUGCAAGGUUUCGUUGGUCAUCCCGGGGCGAUUGCCUGCCCCUGGUCCUGGGGUUACAUCAUGAGUUAUGUUCAAGAAGACACAAGAGAAUACUACUUCUCCUCGUGCUGCGCUGCUCAGAUUCGAUACUUCGCCAGGCAUUCUUUACGGACAUGUUUGUUCAAGAACAACACAUACAAGGAGGUGAAGAGAUCUGAAGAACUACCCGGAUUCAUAACAACGCUGGACACAAUAUGCAACAACACUUAUGGUAGAGCGAAGUUCACCUAUAUUUAUGAUAAGACUAGAAAGUUCCAGGGAUGUCGGAUACCGUGCAAAGUGGAGCACGCGGAAGCAGACUAUUACCCGGCAAUGGCCAAAGCUGUCGACGGCACAAAUUGUUCCUCAACGGGCGACAUGAUAUGCAUACGUGGAGGAUGUGUGCCUCGGAACAAAGCGACGGGAAUAAAAUUACGCCGGUUGGCCUCAUAGAAGGCCGUACAAAUAAAGUAUUAUUGGGAGAUAUAUGGCAAACCGUCACAGAAAUCUCCUCUCAAGCACCCAAAUAUCGACA